AUGUCAGCGGAAUCUCUGGUUGCUGGCUCCUUUGUGGUAGCAGACUAUGUGGUCUUUGCUCUCAUGCUGAUGGUGUCCGCUGCUGUCGGGGUCUACUACGCCUGGGUGGACAGGGGCCAGAGAAGCUCCGGGGACUUCCUAAUGGGGGGCCGCAGACUGACGGCCCUGCCUGUCUCCCUGUCCCUGACCGCCAGCUUCAUGUCAGCCAUCACAGUGCUGUCAAAUCCAGCCGAGGUGUAUCGCUACGGAGCCAGUAUUGGAUUUUAUGGUCUCUCCUAUGUAAUGACGAUAGUGUUCACAUCUGAGGUCUUUCUUCCAGUAUUUUACAGACUUGCUGUCACCAGCACGUAUGAGUAUCUGGAGCUACGUUUCAAUAGAGCAACCCGUCUGCUAGGAACUCUGCUCUUCAUUGUGCAAACAAUUCUCUACACUGGAAUCGUCAUUUAUGCCCCAGCUCUAGCUUUAAACCAAGUAACUGGUAUGAAUCUGUGGGGUGCAGUCAUCUCCACAGGUGUGGUGUGUACUUUUUACUGCACAAUGGGUGGUCUGAAGGCAGUGGUGUGGACUGAUGUCUUUCAGCUUGGUGUCAUGCUUGCAGGUUUCCUGUCUGUCAUCAUCAGGUCCGUGGUCUUAAAAGGUGGAGUCUUCCCCAUCAUUUCAGAUUCAGAACAAGGAGGGAGACUCAAUUUUUGGGACUUUGACACAAACCCUCUGAGAAGACACACUUUUUGGACCAUAACCAUUGGAGGGACAUUUGUUUGGGUCAGUAUCUAUGGGAUCAACCAGGCCCAGGUUCAGAGAUAUAUCUCCUGCAAGAGCCUCGGUCAUGCCAGAGUAUCUCUGUACAUCAACCUUUUAGGCCUGUGGUCCAUCUUGUUAUGCUCAGUUUUUGCAGGAAUGUGUCUCUACUCUGUCUAUAAGAACUGUGACCCAUGGACAGCUGGCCUGGUUUCUGCUCCUGAUCAGCUGAUGCCAUAUUUGGUGAUGGACAUCUUGGGAGACUAUCCUGGCCUUCCUGGACUAUUUGUUGCAGCAGCAUAUAGUGGAUCUCUAAGCACAGUGUCUUCCAGCAUCAAUGCGCUGGCUGCAGUGACGGUGGAGGACCUGAUCAAACCGUACACUAACAUGUCUGAGAGACACCUGUCCUGGAUCUCUAAAGGACUGAGUCUCGUAUACGGGGCUUUGUGCAUCGGAAUGGCUGGACUAGCUUCACUCAUGGGCGGGAUUUUGCAGGCAGCCAUCAGUAUAUUUGGGAUCGUUGGAGGUCCUUUACUUGGCCUGUUCACACUGGGUAUCCUUUUUCCAUUUGCCAAUUCCAAAGGAGCUCUGUCAGGUCUUGUGUCAGGGUUGGUCGUGUCCCUGUGGGUGGGCAUCGGAGCCCAGAUAUACCCUCCCCCAUCUGAGAUGACUCGACCCCUGCCACUGUCCACUGAGGGCUGUAACUUCACCGCUACAGACAGCCUCAACUGGACCUCCACGGCUCUGCCAACACAACUAACCUCCAUCACCACAGCCCCAGUACACAACCUUGACAGCAGGCCUGGGCUGGCAGAUAACUGGUACUCUCUGUCCUACCUUUACUUCAGUCCCAUCGGAACCAUAGUAUCUAUUAGUGUGGGGCUGAUAGUCAGCCUGCUCACAAGAGGCUACAGGCUGAAGGUGGAAUCAAGGCUUACACUGAUGAAAGAAGACACAACUCCUUAUUACCUAAUCAAGUUUUUCAAAGACAGAGUCUUGAGACGAACAGGAAAGUUUGACCUGACAAAGGACAGAGACAAAAACUUUGGCAACACAAAUCCUGCUUUCUGUGACACUGAGAUGAACUUAACAAAAACCACCAUUCCCACAUGAAAUGAUACACAUUUUCUAGAUUUGUUUUUUGCAUUUGUUGCAUGUUCUUAACACAAAGGAGGAGUCAUAUUCAUAUAUUAUAGUCUAAUACAAGAAAUGUCAGGAAAAGGAUUUAAAUUUCAAGAAAGAAAUGUGUGAUUUAUAACAAAUCGAGAUGCCACUGCUUUAAAAAUAUACAUAUGCACAAUAUUUAUUUUUGUUCUCUGUCAUAUUAUUAUAUCAUGCCAUUUAAACAUGU